GUCAUUCCUGCAGCAGUGCUUCCGGUCGGCAUUUUGUUCUGCGAGAGACUCUUGUGUGGAUUCUUUUAUGAUCGCCCAGCAGCUUUUCGGUACCGAAACCUUUCCACCGUCGUCCGGACUCAAGCGCGAUCUUCCGCGAGCGCUUGUGAGAGGAAAGCAUACCGCCCGUCAGUCUUCAUGUUUGCAGUGAGAGGAAGCGGUGCGACCCGGAUUAUUGUUGUGAGAGGGACACAGCGAGCCCGAACCCCUCCACCUUCACCUUUCAACAGCAGAGCCUCAGCAAAAGAUGUAAAGGUGGAUAAGUGAGCAGCGACCUGUGCAUCCACGCAAGCUCCCUGCCCUUCUUCAGCAUGAAUGGGGAUAUGCCUCAUGUUCCUAUCACCACUCUCGCUGGGAUCGCAAGCCUCACCGACCUGUUAAAUCAGCUCCCGCUCCCUUCCCCUCUCCCUGCCACCACCACUAAGAGCCUGCUGUAUAAUGGGAGGAUCGCCGAGGAGGUCAGUUGUCUGCUGUCUCGACGUGACGAUGCUCUCGUCUCUCAGCUGGCACACAGCCUCAAUCAGGUGUCCACUGAACAUAUAGAGUUGAAAGACAACCUGGGCAGCGAUGACCCGGAAGGAGAUGUGCCUCUACUGCUACAGACGGUGCUGUCUAGGAACCCCAAUGUCUUCAGGGAGAAAAGUACGCCCACCCGAUAUGGGGUUCAGGGCGGUUUAAUGCAACAGCCAAUGAUACCACCCUACAAGAUGCCUCAAAAUUCAAUGCACGGAAGCCCGGUGUCAAACUAUCAGCAAACCACUAUAACUCCGAGCCCUCCCAGCAGAUACGUUCAACCUCAAACGGGUUCUGGUACCAGGUACAUGCCUCAGCAAAACAGUCCAGUGCCCAGCCCGUACGCCCCACAGAGCCCAGGAGGCUACUUGCAGUAUAGCCACCCACCCAGCUACUCUCAGCACCAGAUCCAGCAAGUGUCUGUAUCCAGUCCAGUGGUUCCUGGAGGUAUGAGAAACAUUCAUGAUAACAAAGUCUCUGGGCAAGUGUCCGGUAACUCCAACCAUAACUCGAGGCACUGCUCCAAUGAUGAGUACAUCAGCAUUGUCCAGAGACUUGGAAAUGAUGAGAGUGACCCCGCUUUGAGGAAUGCCUCCUUUCCUGUUCGCUCAGUCUGUUCUCCUGCUGGAAGUGAAGAAACCCCGAAAGUCGGAUCUCGGCCACCCCUAAUUCUUCAGUCUCCUCCGCCCUACACCUCCCCAAGAGAUGCUGCUCCCGACCUCCUCUUGGACUCCCCCGAGCGGAAAAAGAAGCAAAAAAAACUAUUGAAAGAGGAGGGAAGCAAAGGUGCCAUGUAUGAUAUUGUCAGCUCCCCCUCUAAAGACUCAACCAAGCUAACGAUUAAGUUGUCUCGUGUGAAGCACGCAGAGACAGAGCAGUCUGCAGAGCCGUUGCCGGCGGUGGAACGUGGCUCAGAAGCUGAAAAUGAACUGUCUUGCGGUACUUCACCGUACCAACGGAACCCCCAGGAGCGUCUGGCUGCGGCCCAGUGUCUCCCAGGGGAGCAGUCUGUUAACCAGCAGGUCCCUGUACUACAAAACACUGGGGCACUUGCAGCAAAGCAACCUGGGCUAGUUAGUGGGACCCCAUACGAUGAUGCAGAGUUGGAUGCUCUGGCUGAGAUAGAAAGGAUUGAGAGGGAAUCUGCUAUCGAACGAGAACGGUGCUCCAAAGAAGUUCAAGAUAAAGAUAAACCUCUGAAGAAGAGAAAACAAGAUUCGUACCCCCAGGAACCAGGAGCUGGGGGCACUGCGGGCGUUUCUGGAACACCUGGGGUGGGAGGGGGAUGUAAUGCUGUAAACAAACUGGUACCUCAAGAGGCUUGUGCUGCUAGCAAUGGAGCCAGCCGGCCUGCCCUGAUGGUCAGUAUUGACUUGCAGCAGGCAGGCAGGGUGGAAGGGCCACUAGACUCUUGUCCUGUUCCUGCGACAGAGGCCCAGCGACUGCCAGAGGAUGGCUCGGAGUCCACCGGAGUAUUACGGCUCAAAUCAAAGUCAGAUGGAGAGGUGCAGCGAACGGUUGAUGGACGAUCCGAGUUCAUCAAGCAGCAGGUGAAAACGCCACAGAAAAAUGCUUCAGAUGUGCGGCUGGAGACUCCGAAACACAAACGCGACAACCGUCGGGAGAUCUCCAACAAAGCCAGUUCGGAAAAGAGAUCAGAUGUUUCCAAGCACAGACAUGACUGUAAACCUGACAAAGUAAGAACUGAGGGUAAAGGUCAUGAAAUGUCACAAAAACAAGAAGAAUGUUCAGAGUCAACUCGAGACAGCAAAGAAGAGCGGCAUAGAGAUCGGAACAAAGAAAGCUCCAAAAUCCGAACUGAGGGUAAAGGUCAUGAAAUGUCACAAAAACAAGAAGGAUGUUCGGAGUCAACUCGAGACAGCAAAGAAGAGCGGCAUAGAGAUCGGAACAAAGAAAGCUCCAAAAUCCGCCAGCAGGAUACAUCCAAAUCAUCCAAUCAAGUGGAACACAGUCAAGAUAAACAACAGGAGAAGAAUCGUCAACACAGUCAAGAUAAGCAACGGGAGAGGAAUCGUGACAAGGAACGGGAGAGGAAUCGCGAAAAGGAACGGGAGAGGAAUCGGGACAAGGAUCGCGAGACGGAUAAAGACAAGGAUCGGGAGACGGAUAAAGACAAGGAUCGGGAGACGGAUAAAGACAAGGAACGGGAGAAGGAUAAAGACAAGGAACGGGAGAAGGAUAAAGACAAGGAACGGGAAAAGGAUAAAGAGAAGGAACAGGAGAAGGAGAAAGAGAAGGAACAGGAGAAGGAGAAAGAGAAGGAACAGGAGAAGGAGAAAGAGAAGGAACAGGAGAAGGAGAAAGAGAAGGAACAGGAGAAGGAGAAAGAUAAAGACAAGGCGCGGGAGAAGGAGAAAAACAAGACGCGGGAGAAAGAGAAAGAAAAAGUGCGGGAGAAGGAGAAAGACAAGGCACGGGAGAAGGAUAAAGACAAGGAACGGGAUAGUAAUCGGGACAAAGAACGGGAGAGGAAUCAGAACCAAAUACGGGAGAGAAAUCGGGACAAGGGUGGGGAGAGGAUUCCGGACAAGGAGCAUGAGAGGAAUCCGGACAAGGAGCGGGAGAGGAAUCCGGACAAGGAGCGGGAGAGGAAUCCGGACAAGGAGCGGGAGAGGAAUCCGGACAAGGAGCGGGAGAGGAAUCCGGACAAGGAGCGGGAGAGGAAUCCGGACAAGGAGCGGGAGAGGAAUCCGGACAAGGAGCGGGAGAGGAAUCCGGACAAGGAGCGAGAGAGGAAUCCGGACAAGGAGCGAGAGAGGAAUCCGGACAAGGAGCGAGAGAGGAAUCCGGACAAGGAGCGAGAGAGGAAUCCGGACAAGGAGAGGAAUCGAGCCAGGGAAAGAGACAGGGAGCGAGAUAAAGAAAGAAAGCGCCAUACAGAAUCUACAGAGCUCCUGGACAAGCCGUCUCCUGAGCAGCAAUUGGGGCCUGACAGUCCUCGAGUGAAACAUGAACCUCGUGGAGGAGUAGAAUCCAAAAUGAAACCCGAGAAACAAGUUGUCAAAACUCCCAACAACAAAGAUGAGAAACGCAGCGGAGACAUCAAGAACCGUAUUGAUGGACACAAACCACCAUCCUCAGACACCAAGAUUGCAGAAUUUCCCACUUAUCUGCUGGGAGGUAAAUCAGGUGCAUUAAAGAACUUUGUCAUUCCUAAGUUAAAACGAGACAAAGAUGGGAAUAUCAUGACGGAAUUGCAGCGUCCUGUACAGUUUUUUCCUGAGCCACGUGUGAAACUGGAGAAACUGAACCUAAUGGAGGAAAUAAAUAAGGGCGCUAAACCUGUUGUGGUUCUAAAGAAACUUUCCAUUGAUGAGGUGCAGAGGAUUAUCAGAAAUUCUCGCAGCUCAAAAUCAAGCAAGGGCAAGUCUUUUUACAGCAAAUCGUUCUCAGAGUUGGACCCUAGUCUGCCACUGUGUGAAAGGGUGAAGGUGAAUAAACGCAGACGCAGCUCCACAAAUGACAAGCCCAAGUAUGCAGAUGCCUGCUCAAGUGAAGACAGUGACUCUGACGAUGUGGCCCCAAAGCGUUCGAAAAAAGACAGAGAUAGAACGUGGGAAUGUGAAGAAAGGGACCGGAGAGGUUCUGGAGAUCACAGACGGAGCGGAGGACACCACGACAGUCGCAGAGGUUCAAGCAGUCGAUAUAGAGAUCGAAGCUCAUCGGGCUCGGAUGAGGAUUCACCCCCUCCCAGCCUAAAUGACUUUGCCAGAAGAUUGAAGAAAAAAGAAAAGCUGAAAAAAAGAAGAGCGUACGAGCCCAAGCUGACUCAGGAAGAAUUGAUGGACUCAUCCACAUUCAAAAGAUUUUCCACCAGUAUUGACAAUAUGCUUGAAAACUUGGAAGAUGUGGACUUGACAUCAUUAGAUGAUGAUGAGAUCCCUCAGGAGCUACUGCUUGGAAAACACCAGCUCUCUGAAUUAAGCAGCGAAUCUGCUAAAAUAAAGGCCAUGGGCAUCAUGCAUAAGAUUCCGUCUGAUAAGUUAGUGAAGGUCCAAAGCAUUUUGGAGAAAAACAUUCAGGAUGGUGCAAAGCUCUCCACUCUCCUGAAUCAUAGCAACGACAAGGAUGACGAGGAACGUUUGUGGCGUGACCUCAUCAUGGAACGUGUCACCAAAUCUGCUGAUUCUUGUCUGAUGGCUCUUAACAUCAUGACCUCACCACGCAUGCCGAAAGCCGUGUACAUCGAGGAUGUUAUCGAGAGGAUAUUACAGUACACAAAGUUCCACCUGCAGAACACGCUCUAUCCGCAGUAUGACCCCGUCUACAGGGUGAACCCUCAUGGUGGUGGAACGCUAAGCUCGAAAGCCAAGCGAGCAAAAAGCUCAACGCAUAAGCAGAGAGUAACCGUCAUGUUGUACAAUAAAGUAUGUGAUGUCAUCAGUAACAUUUCUGAACUGCUGGAAAUUCAGUUGAUGACGGACACGACCAUCCUUCAGGUCUCAUCGCUGGGCAUCACACCUUUCUUCGUAGAGAACGUGAGCGAGCUGCAGCUUUGUGCCAUUACGCUGGUGACGGCUGUGUUCUCUAGAUAUGAGAAACACAGGCAGCUGAUCCUAGAAGAGAUCUUUACCUCUCUCGCCCGACUGCCUACUACCAAGAGAAACCUAAGAAACUUCAGACUGAACAGCAGUGAUAUGGAUGGGGAGCCCAUGUAUAUUCAGAUGGUGACAGCCCUGGUUCUGCAGCUCAUUCAGUGUGUGGUCUAUCUGCCUAAUGAGAAAGAUUCAGAUGAUGAUAGAGACAGGAAGGUUGAUCAGGAUGUAGUGAUCACAAACUCCUAUGAGACGGCAAUGAGAACAGCACAAAACUUCCUCUCAGUUUUCCUCAAAAAAUGCGGCAGUAAGCAGGGUGAGGAUGACUACAGGCCGCUGUUUGAAAACUUUGUUCAGGAUCUUCUGUCUACUGUAAAUAAACCUGAUUGGCCUGCUGCAGAGCUGCUACUGAGCCUUCUGGGAAGGCUUUUGGUUCACCAGUUCAGUAAUAAACAAACAGAGAUGGCUUUGAGAGUGGCUUCUUUGGAUUAUCUGGGCACCGUGGCCGCACGUCUUCGUAAAGAUUCGGUGACCAGCAAAAUGGAUCAGCGGUCCAUCAACCGCAUUUUAGAAGAGAAUUCUGGUAGUGAUGAGGUUCAGCAGCUACAAAAGGCUCUGUUGAGUUACCUGAAUGAGAACAUGGAGACUGAUCCAGCUCUUGUGUUUGCACGCAAGUUUUACAUCGCACAGUGGUUCAGGGACACCAGCAUGGAAACAGAGAAAGCCAUGAAAUCGCAACGAGACGACGACUCGCCCGAUGGAUCGCACCAUGCGAAGGACAUCGAGACUACUGGUGAGAUCUUACAGAAAGCCGAGGCACGCAAGAAGUUCCUCCGGUCUGUUGUCAAGACCACACCAUCAAAGUUCAGCACACUAAGAGGAAACUCAGAUACUGUGGACUAUGAGGACUCGUGUCUUAUCGUGCGAUAUCUGGCCUCCAUGAGGCCCUUUGCACAGAGCUUUGAUAUUUAUCUCACACAGAUAUUGAGAGUCCUCGGUGAAAGUGCUAUCGCAGUGAGAACGAAAGCAAUGAAAUGUCUUUCUGAAGUCGUAGCAGUGGAUCCUAGCAUUCUAGCACGGUUGGACAUGCAACGGGGAGUUCACGGUCGUUUGAUGGAUAACUCCACCAGUGUGAGAGAAGCUGCUGUAGAGCUGUUGGGUCGGUUUGUACUCAGUCGACCGCAGCUAACCGAACAGUAUUAUGACAUGCUUAUCGAACGAAUACUGGACACGGGCAUCAGCGUGAGGAAGAGGGUUAUUAAAAUCCUUCGAGACAUCUGUCUGGAGCAGCCCACCUUUAACAAAGUCACUGAAAUGUGUGUCAAGAUGAUCCGGAGGGUUAAUGAUGAGGAGGGCAUCAAGAAAUUGGUGAACGAGACGUUUCAGAAGCUGUGGUUCACUCCCACACCGAAUCAUGAUAAAGAGGCGAUGACUCGCAAGAUUCUUAACAUCACAGAUGUGGUCUCUGCAUGCAGGGAUACCGGGUACGACUGGUUCGAGCAGCUGUUGCAGAACCUGUUGAAGUCGGAAGAGAGCGCUUCUUAUAAACCAGCCAAGAAGGCUUGCGGUCAGCUGGUGGACGGUCUGGUGGAGCAUAUUCUCAAAUACGAGGAAUCUCUCGCAGAUGGUGACAAUAAGGGGUUGACAUCAAACCGCCUGGUGGCGUGUAUCACCACACUGUACCUGUUUAGUAAGAUCCGACCACAUCUGAUGGUGAAGCAUGCCAUGACUAUGCAGCCCUACCUGACCACCAAGUGUAAUACUCAGAGUGAUUUCAUGGUGAUCUGCAAUGUGGCUAAAAUCCUGGAGCUUGUGGUUCCUCUGAUGGAUCAUCCGAGUGAAAACUUUCUCACUACUAUCGAAGAAGAUCUGAUGAAACUGAUCAUCAAAUACGGCAUGACGGUUGUGCAGCACUGUGUAAGUUGUCUCGGUGCGGUUGUCAACAAGGUCACCCAUAACUUCAAGUUCGUCUGGGCUUGUUUUAAUCGGUAUUAUGGAGCACUGAACAAACUGAAGUUACAGCAUCAGGAAGAUCCAAACAGCGGCGUUCUGGUAUCUAAUAAACCUCCGCUGCUGCGGUCACUGUUUACUGUGGGGGCGCUGUGUAGACAUUUUGACUUUGACCAAGAGGAGUUUAAAGGCAGUAGUAAGGUGGUCAUAAAAGACAAAGUGAUGGAGCUGCUAUUGUAUUUCACUAAGAACGAGGACGAGGAGGUGCAGACCAAGGCUAUCAUAGGUUUAGGGUUUCUGUGCAUCCAGCACCCGGGGCUGAUGUUUUGUCCAGACAUAAAAACUCUUUACAACAGUCUUCUGGCUGACAGGAAGACAUCUGUGAACCUGAAGAUCCAGGUGCUGAAGAACCUCCAGACGUACCUGCAGGAAGAGGACUCGCGCAUGCAGGAGGCCGAUAGGGAGUGGAAAAAGACGGCCAAGCAAGAAGACCUAAAGGAGAUGGGUGACAUCUCAUCUGGCAUGAGCAGUUCAAUCAUGCAGCUCUACCUCAAGCAGGUGCUGGAGAGUUUCUUCCACACGCAGUCCAGCGUACGACACUUCGCCCUAAACGUCAUCGCCCUGACCCUCAACCAGGGUCUCAUUCACCCCGUGCAGUGCGUUCCAUACCUUAUCGCCAUGGGAACGGACUCGGAACCCACAAUGAGGAAUAAAGCCGAUCAGCAGCUUGUGGAGAUCGACAAGAAAUACAGCGGGUUUAUUCACAUGAAGGCCGUGGCGGGAUUGAAAAUGUCCUAUCAGGUACAACAGGCCAUCGUGGGUUCCCAAAACGUGGUGGUCAGAGGUUUCCGUCAGGAUGAGACGAGCGGGGCCCUGUGUUCUCAUCUUUACACCAUGGUGCGAGGCAACAGACAACACCGAAGGGCUUUCCUCAUCUCGCUGCUCAACCUGUUCGAUGACAGUUCGAAGUCGGACGUGAACAUGCUGUUGUUUGUCGCGGACAACCUGGCCUGCUUCCCUUAUCAAAGUCAGGAUGAGCCGCUGUUUAUCAUGCAUCACGUAGACAUUACCCUGUCGGUGUCUGGUAGCAACCUGAUGCAGUCAUUUAAAGAGUCGUUGCUGAAAGAACCAAAACCACAAGAAAAGAAGAAAAAGAACAAGAAGAAGAAAAAGAAGAAGAGAGGGAAAAAAUGUGGCUCUGAAGAAGAUGAAGACGAGGAUGAAAGCAGCAGGGGAAGCAGCAGCGAUAGCAGCAGCAGCAGCAGCAGCGAUGAAGAUGAUGUCAUCCGUCGCCCCAAGAAACCCAGGCGAGCUGUGGGCUCGGACUCUGAUUCAGACCUCGACACAGAGGAUGCUGACAAAGUGAUGGAGCGUCUCCCUGACAACCCGGAUCCCCUGCUGGAUUUCGCAAACGCAUCUCAGGGUAUCCUGCUUCUGCUCAUGCUCAAGCAGCACCUUAAGAACCUCUACGGCUUCUCUGAUAGUAAAAUUCAGAAGUACUCGCCUACAGAAUCUGCAAAGAUUUACGAUAAGGCAGUAAACAGGAAGGCCAAAGUGCAUUUCAACCCACAGCAGACGCUGGACUACCUGACCAACAGCUUGUCUAAUGCAGAUCUUACGCAUGAUGUGAAGAGGAGAAUCGUCAGACAGUAUUUAGAUUUUAAGGUACUGAUGGAGCACCUGGAUCCAGAAGAAGAAGAAGAAGAGGGUGAAGCUUCAGCCAGCACCAACGCAAGAAAUAAAGCCAUCACCGCUCUGCUAGGAGCCACCAGCCCCAAGAAUCACACUGCCGAUUCGUAUGACGACGACAGUGAUGCUGACGAAAAGACCCCAGGGUCAUCACGGCGAUCCAAGAAGGGUGGAGAUUCCGAAGCGUCGGGUCAAAUGAACAAAACUGUAGAAGCCAAGGAUGUCAUCGCUAUCUUCUGUCCCAAACACAAGGAUCGGCCGCAGAUAGCGCGUGUCAUUCAGAAGACGAGCACAGGCUAUAGUGUUCGCUGGAUGGCCGGCUCCUACUCUGGCACCUGGGCGGAAGCCAAAAAACGCGUCGGACGAAAAUCGGUGCCUUGGGUGGACACUAUAAAGGAGUCGGACAUUAUUUACAAGAAAAUCGUCUUGACGAGCUCACACAAACUGACCAACAAAGUGGCGCAGACUUUACGUUCACUGUACGCGGCCAAGGAAGGAUCUUCCAGCUAAUUAAAUCUGUGAUAACUCUGGAACUGUUACAUCCGACAGACUCUCGGCAGCCAAACUUUAUCAGGAUUUAGCAUUUUGUAAACUACAUGUAAAAGAAAAGAGUAUCGCAGACGCACCCAUUUUAAGACCCAAUGUGGAACUGGCCAAAUUGGGACGAUUUUAGCUCUGAACUGUAGAUGUGAAAGAUCUUUUAAGUUAAACGGAACAGAACGAAUCAUAUGGGAGCUUCGUCGCUGUUGUGCAGCAACUCGGUUGUUUGAAUUUUUCCCCCACUGUAUUAUAGUUUAACAAAAAAACAGAAACGAAAAAUGUUUAUAUCUCUGACAAAAAAAAAACUGUUUAAAGAAAUAAACUUACAGUGAAUGUUGGAAAUUAGUCUGUUGAUGUUCUUAAUAAAGUGACCUUGGAGUUUAACCGGAUGGAUUUCUUUAGUUUAGCUCAAUUUCCAGGGAAAUAAACUUUUAAACAUCACCUCUGCUUUGUUUUAUUCUGGUUUCUGUGCUGUAUAAUGGAGUCUCUUGGACAUAAUUUAUUCAGUUGAAAGCAGAGCAUGCGGUAUCUGUUGCCUACAUUGAUGGGAGGGUUUUUUGUAAAUGUAGAUUUUUGAUGUAUUUGGUCAGGUUUUGGGUCUGUAAACCCCACAGCGGGAUAAGAGACCCCAAGCAUGUGUGGAGGAGCAAGUACUGCAAUAAAUUUUUUUACUUCUCUUUGUUA